AUGUUGCUUGAUUCUCUUGAUAUUCCAGCAUUAGAGCAAUUACUAGAACGCAGGAAUCAUGAGCUCAAGACGAUUAAAGCUGUAGUCAAGCAAAAAACAGAAGAAACUAAGAAAUACUAUGCAUUAUGCGGAGAUAAUCCAACAUUUCCGGUUCUCAAAGAAACAUUAACAACAAAACUCACACAACUUGAAACAGAUUUAACAGAAGCUAAGAAACGUAUUAAAAAUUUGCGAUUUCAAAGACAACAACUUAAAGAAUCAAAAACAAAAGCAGGUGAAAUCAAUGUUUCAAUUCAAGAAUCAACUGAACUCAUUGCAGACUUGAAAGCAAAAAUUGCAUCUAAAAACAAUGACAUUGAUGAAUUACAAAAAAAGAUCAACGAAAAAUCAGAACUUUGCAAAGCGAAGCAAACAGAAGCAGAACAAUUAAAAGCUAAAGUUGAUGCUGCUCAAAAAAGUUACGAUCACGCAUUGAAUGAAUACAACAACCUUGUUGAUCGAGAAAACAGUCUCAAAACACAACAGACUAAUAUUCAAAACGCGAUCGAUGAAUCGAAGAAAGAGAUUGCUUCCAUCAAAGCUUCAAUCAGUCCACAAUCAGUUAACGAAUUACAAAAGGAAGUCGAAAAGUUACAAAUACAGUUAUCACAAAUGAAUGUUGAGACAGCAGAGCAAGUCACCAUUACUUCAAUUGAAGAAUUGGAUCCUUCUUAUCGUUCAGAAAUCGAAAAAGUUUCGAAUACAGUGAAUAAUCUUAAGAAUUCUAUCCAAAACAUACGUAAAGAGAUCAGCCAGAGUGAAAAGGAACACGCUAUUGAGAUUGCUUCACUCAGAUCUCAAUUAGAUUCACAAAAAGAAUCAUGUAACACAUUAAGAUCUAACAUUGAAGAGAUGGAGCUUUCACUUCCUCAAACACUUGGUCCUAUCAACCGGGAAAUCGAACAAUGGCGUGUGAAAGUUGAACAACGAAGUAAAAACAUCUAUGAAAACGAACAAAAGCUGACACAAGAAAGGGAACGAAGCGAAGAAUCACUUCGACAAUCACAGAAGAAACUCAAUUCUCUCCAGGAUGACCUCAUUCGUGCGAAAGCUGUUUCACAACAGCAGAAACAAAUUUUAAUCACAUCAUCACAAGACUUUGAAACAUUAAAGAAGUCAUUUGAUAAGUCACAACUCGAACUCGACGGAUACAAUAGCCAGAAUGAUAAAUAUCAAAAGGAAACAGAAGAAAUACAAAAUCAGAUUGAAGAUCUCAACAAAGAAAUCGAAAGAAUCGCAUUAGAAAUCAAAGAUAAAGAGAAAGAGAAUGAAGAAGAACUAAGUUUAUUACGCGAAUCAGUCAAAUCAGCCGAAAUUGAAGCAUCAAAACUUCCAGAACAAGAAGUUACUAUUGGAUUGAUGAAUGAAAAGGAACUGAAAGAGAGUUGUCGAUCUCUUGAAAGAGAUCUUGAAGAACGCGAGAUAAUUAUUGAGGAAUUACGUAAAAAAUCAAAUGAAUGCAGUGAAAUGCGCAAGAAAUUCGAAGCAGCUCUUUCUCUCAUUUCAGAGUUAGAAGAUGAAGAACAGGCUAUGGUUCAAGAACUGAAGAUGAUAAGGAAACAAUUCAGUGAGACAUUGUCUCAACUGAGAAAACAGAAACAGAAUAAAAACUAA